AUGGUGUCUGGCGAAGAAAAUGAUCCAGUCUUUGGCAAGAUACAGGCCAAGGAUAGAGUUGAGAAGAAGCGAACCUUCCCACAGAAGAAAACAGGCGUCAGUUUAACAGUGCAAGCGACCGGCAAAGAUAAUCAGGCGACCAAAGCAGCCAGAAGCAGUCCAGCUAAAAUCAAGUCCGUCACCAGCGAUGCUAAGCCCGAGACCAAGAAGAUGAAUUGUCAUAUAUGCAGCCAGAGUCAUAAAGUUGCAGCCUGCCCUAAGUUCAAGGCCAUGGAACCCACAAGACGUCUGGAGGUUGUGAAGGAGAAGCGGUUGUGCUUCAACUGCCUUGACUUCAGCAACCAUAGCUACCGUCAAUGCCACAGGUCCAGUGACUGCCAUGAGAAAGAUUGCAAGCUCAAGCACUCUCAACUCCUGCAUGCUGCCAUGGUAAAGAAGGAACAUGCCGCUGUCGCGAAGCCUGCUACUCCUCCCAGCCAAGUCAAGACUGAUGGUGCAGAGAAUUUCGCCUGUGACUCACUGAACAAAGAUUCAACACGCAUUGCCUUGCCGAUUGUCUCAGUCUACGUCAGGGGGAAAGGGCAGCACGAGUUCAUCAAGACAGACGCGCUGCUAGACUCCGGCAGCAACAGAACGUUCUGCUCUAAGUCCUUGUUGUCCCAGCUCAAGUUGGAGGGAUCAAGAACAGCUCUGUCUUUGGAGACCCUCGGUCAAAGUGCAGCCACAGAUGCCAUCGAAGUGUGUCUUCAAGUUACGCCGACAUCCAGAAAGGCCAAGAAGAGAAGUGUGCUGGACUUGCCCAGGGUGUAUGCCAUCGACAGCUUUCCAAAUAGCAUCACAGGACCGAGUCAGUUGGAUAUCGGCAGAUGGCGUCAUCUUACGGGAGUAUGCGACAACUCUGUCGACGACAAGGAGGUUUCGCUGCUUAUUGGCCAAGAUGUCCCACAAGCCAUUCUUCCGCUUGAAGUCCGCCGGGGUCGAGAUAAUGAGCCGUAUGCGAUCAGAACCAGCCUAGGGUGGACUCUGAACGCUCCAAUUGGUGGUCAACCAGCAGACAGUACGGCUGUCUGCUCCUUUAUUCAAGCUGGCCUUCCCGAGAAGAUGAACCAUGAACGUGUCUUGGAAGUCCAAGUUGAGCAGUUUUGGAGACUUGAUGCCUGCCAGUCUCUUGCAAGUGGCCAGCCCCAGAUGUCACAAAAUGACAAGAAGGUAGUCGGCGUGUGGGACAAGUCAGUGAGCUUGGUGGACAGCCAUUACCAGCUCAACAUCCCGUUCAAGAAGACGCCUCCCGAGCUGCCGGACAACCGUAUGAUGGCCGAGAAAAGACUCCAGUCUCUGGGCCGAAGAUUGAGCAGAUAUCCCGCAGUGCACGACAAAUACAGAAGUGGUAUGCAGGAUCUGUUGGACAAGGGCUUUGCAGAGCCAGUUCCAGAAGAUGAGAUGUCGCAGCCGGGUAGUGUUUGGUACCUCCCUCACCAUAAUGUCGUCAAUCCCAGUAAGCCGGAAAAGUUCCGUAUCGUCUUCGACUGCGCAGCCACAUAUGCUGGGACUUCUCUGAACGACCAGGUCUUCCAAGGCCCCGACCUGAUGAACAAGCUGCUUGGUGUUCUGAUGAGGUUUUGCGAAUGCCCUGUUGCUGUUAUGGGAGACAUCCAGGAGAUGUUCCACAUGGUCAAGGUCAAACCCGAAUUCAGAGACGCAUUGCGAUUCCUAUUUUGGAAGGAUGGUGAUCCUAAGAAGAAACCUCAAGUCUACAGAAUGACGGUUCACCUCUUCGGAGGAGUAUGGAGCCCGAGUUGCUGCAGUUACGCCCUGAGACGAACGGCUGAAGACCAUAAAGACGAAUUUCAUCCCGAUACCAUAGAAACAGUGUUACAGGACUUCUACGCUGACGAUUGUCUAAAAUCCGUACCCGGUGUUGAUGUCGCUGUCAAGCUGGUUGAGGAAUUGAGAACGUUACUUCAACUGGGAGGAUUCCGACUCACGAAAUGGUCUUCAAACAGCAAAGAGGUCCUCCUGUCCAUUCCUGUUGAAGACAGAGCGAAGACCAUAAAAGAUCUCGACCUGACGUCCGACUCCCUACCAAUUGAGAGAGCCCUCGGUGUCCAAUGGGACACGGAGACGGACACGUUUGGUCUCAAGAUUCGCUAUAAGGAACCAGUCUUCACGAGGCGCGGUCUUCUUAGAAUCACCAGCUCUAUGUACGACCCCCUGGGAUUGGUUUGUCCAUUCGUCCUCGAAGCGAAGAUGAUCUUCCAGACAGAAUGCAGAUCCGACAAAGGAUGGGAUGAUGAAAUGAGCCCCGCCAGCAUCAAGAGAUGGCAGAGAUGGUUGGAUGGCCUGCUCAAACUAGAAGAGUUUCAAGUGCCAAGAUGUAUUCAUCCGACCGAUUUCGGCAACAUCACUGAAGCUAGAUUGCAUCACUUCUCCGAUGGAUCCGUCGAUGCCUAUGGUGCUGUGAGUUACCUGAGAUUGGUGAACAGUGACGGCGCUGUGCACUGUACAAUACUGAUGGCGAAAUCAAGACUGGCGCCGAUGACACCGAUGACACCGAUGACGAUUCCUCGCCUGGAGCUGUCCGCUGCCGUGCUCGCUGUGAAGAUGGACAACCUCAUACAUCGUGAGAUAAGAUUGCCCCUGCAAGAGUCGACAUUUUGGACGGACAGCACCAUCGUUCUCCAAUAUGUCAAGAACAAAACCAAGCGUUUCCAGACCUUUGUCGCCAACCGUGUAGCCGUAAUUCAUGAUGGUUCAAGGCCAAGCCAGUGGCGUUACGUAGGGACAAAGGACAACCCGGCUGAUGAUGCGUCAAGAGGGCCGAACGCCGAACAGUGUUGUCCGACACCAGAUGGCGCCAAGGUCCAGCGUUCCUAUGGUUGA